AUCUAAAGUAGGACUUCAAACUUCCAAACAUUUUAUUCUUCAAAUGGAUUUUUGGUAAUUCAACCUCCGAGGCGGUGAAAAUGGGGUUCAAUUUGAAACAAAUUUAUAUCCGUAAUGGCGGGCAAAAGUUAAAACAGUAGGAAUAUAAGGUACAAAUUUUUAGAAUGUUCAAAUAUUAUUUACAAGUAUCUACAAUUCAACAUCACUCCAAUAUCUAAUUGGCAAGUUAGGUUUCAUUCUAUCAAUUUUCUCGAUAUCGGCUCCAUGCCAAUUUCGUGUCGGAUUAUUUAAAAGGGUACUAGCUGGGUUUUCACUUGGGUUUACAACUUAAUCAUAAAUUGUAGAUAACAAUAUUAUGGUCUGAUACAAAUCGUAUUUACUAUUAGCUAUCGACAGUUUACUUGAGCGUCGGGACAAUGUGUGGGCACCUCGGGUUUUUGGUGAUACUUUCUUUGAUUGGCGGCCAUGUUUUAGCUGUCCCCAAUCCUUUGGCCUCUCAAAGAAUAGUGGGUGGGGAACUCACAACUAUUGAACAAUACCCGUUCCAAGCUGCUCUGCUGAUGUCAUGGGACUUCAGCUAUUAUGGACAAAUUUGUGGAGCCACCAUUAUAAAUGCGAGAUCUAUUUUGACCGCUGCUCAUUGCUUUUGGUACUUCAUAGAACCUAACCGAUUUCGAUUCAGAGUAGGAUCCUCCUACGCUAACAGCGGCGGCGUUGUCCACGACGUCCUUGCGAACAUCAUCCACCCAGGCUACAACCCUAGUAACUUGGAUAUCGACGUUGCCAUAGUCCGUUCUACUUCCAUCAUUGUUCACAACGAGGCAGCUCAGCCAGUUCCGAUAGCCGGCCCUGGAUAUAAUAUGCCUGAUAAUUCUGAAGUUUGGGCUACAGGAUGGGGACAGACGGAUGUUAACGGUCCAAGUUCCAACCAGCUCCGCCACGUCCAAAUCUGGACAGUGAAUCAAGCAAUCUGCAGAACCCGUUAUAAGGAGUUAGGAUACGACGUCACCAAUAGCAUGCUGUGCUCCGGCUGGCUAGAUGUAGGAGGCAGGGACCAGUGCAGUGGCGACUCUGGCGGCCCUCUCAUCCACAAUGGAGUGGUGGUCGGAGUGUGCUCGUGGGGAGAGCAGUGCGCGCUUGCAAGGUACCCUGGUGUUAACGCCAGGGUAUCGAGGGUUGCUGACUGGAUUCAGGUUAAUGCUUAGUUUGUGCACGUUAUAAUUUUUUCACCAUUGAAAACUUUUAAUAUAUAACUCUUCUUUCUUCUUCUCAUUCUCUCGCUUUUCUCUUUCUUUUUUAAUUUUGUGUUUGAAAAAAUAACUCAAACAGAAUGUGUUUAAAUCAGUUGUAACUUUACAUUAUGUAAAGCUGGUAAUCUAGUUCAGAAACAUAAUAUGUAGGUACAGUCAGCAUCAAAAGUAGCGGAUCAAAUAACGCUUCAUAAGUAUCCACCAUUCUGUAACAGCUUAACAAAAAGUGAUGUCUUUAAUAUAGAACAACAAAAACUGUAAAAUAAAUAUUCUUUGGAAAGCGAAUUCUAGAAAUUUAUCUAUAUUUAGAAAAGUUAUCUCGAAUAUCAGAUACUUUUGGCGCGUUGUUUCAUCCGCUACUUUUGAUGCUGACUGUACCUAAGUGUCGUCUUUAAAUAUUGUCUGGUUGAGAGUUAUAUUUCUUAUAAAUCUUAGACACGUUAGUUACUGUGUAAGAAGCAAUUAUUUCGUGAAUAUUAUUUAUGUGAUUUAUAUCCGUUAAUUAUUAAAAUACGAUUUGUACAAAAUAAAUGUCAUUUAAAAAUUCAUAUUAUCUUUCGGGAAAUGAAUUCUGAAUAAUGAACUGCAAAACUCCCUUAAUUCCUCUUGGGACCUGAUUGCGAACAAUUGAAACGGAAAAAGUGCUGAAAAAAGAUGUUUUCUUUUAUUGAUAUAUUGUAAUAAAUUAAUUGAAUACGAUUGGUUUUUUAUAGGCGCUAAUUAUAAUUACAUUUCAGUUAGCAGUUGUUUUAUGCUUGAUAUUUAUAUUUCCAUGUCGAUAUAUUGUAAAAUAAUCAUGAUAAUCAUGCUAACCAGCGGGGCAAUGCGGCCAGUUCCGGGCACCCUACCGAGCGACCAGGAUUUAGGGCAUUAUUUUUAUUUAUAAGUUUUAUAUUUAAGUGUUUUUUAUUAUGUUUUAUAUGCAUGUUUCUCGUUGUACCAAUAAAGUCACUUCUAGCAUGAUAAUGAUUCAUUAGUACUCGUAAUCGACUGUUUUUAUUCCGAUAGUAAUAAACAUAAAUGAUAUCAUUUAGAUGAUGAAGAUAAAACUUUAUAAUACAAAAGAGUGCUGAAAUGGGUCAAUAAAAUUGGUUUUUGUAACUCACUACGUUGAUUAGAUUUCAACCUAGAUAAUGAUUAUAUAUAGAUAUAUAAAUAGAAAUAUUCCUGUUAAAACACUAGCCUUCACAACGGGUU